AUCUCGCGUUAGCCAUCUUUUAGGUAGAACAUCAACUUUUCAUGACCGUUGACAUUUUUUUUUUUCCCUCUUUCAAUUUUCCCUGGAGACUAGUUUCCUCGAUCUCGAUCUCGAUCAUCUGGAUUCAAGCGAUUGAUUGAUUGAUUACUAAUGUCAAUGUCUAAUCUCGGAUUGUUGUUGUUCGUUGCUAUCUUUCUCGUUUUGCUUCAAUCUUCCACUUCUCUGAUUAGUUCUCCAAGUUCUAUCAUCAACCCUUCUAAAGUCAAACAGGUUUCUUCGAAGCCCAGGGCAUAUGUGUAUGAAGGUUUUUUGACGGACUUGGAAUGUGAUCAUCUAAUCUCUCUUGCGAAAGAGAAUCUGCAGAGAUCUGCGGUUGCUGAUAACGAUAAUGGCGAGAGUCAAGUCAGUGACGUUCGUACCAGCUCCGGCACGUUUAUCUCCAAAGGAAAGGAUCCUAUCGUUUCCGGUAUUGAGGACAAGCUCUCAACAUGGACAUUCCUCCCAAAAGAGAAUGGAGAAGACCUUCAAGUACUAAGAUAUGAGCACGGCCAGAAAUAUGACGCUCACUUUGAUUACUUUCACGACAAAGUCAAUAUUGCCCGUGGUGGACACCGCAUAGCAACUGUUCUCUUGUAUCUAUCCAAUGUCACAAAGGGUGGAGAAACUGUUUUCCCCGAUGCACAGGAAUUUUCUCGCCGCUCCCUUUCUGAGAACAAAGACGAUCUUUCUGAUUGUGCAAAGAAAGGAAUCGCUGUGAAACCAAAGAAAGGGAAUGCACUGUUGUUCUUCAACCUCAACCAAGACGCAAUCCCAGACCCCUUUAGCCUUCACGGAGGUUGUCCAGUGAUAGAAGGCGAGAAAUGGUCGGCUACAAAGUGGAUCCACGUGGACUCAUUCGAUAAGAUUGUGAGUCAUGACGACGGUAAAUGGACGGACGUAAACGAGAGCUGUGAGAGAUGGGCAGUGCUUGGAGAAUGCGCAAAGAACCCAGAGUAUAUGGUUGGAACCCCUGAACUCCCUGGGAUGUGCAGACGUAGCUGUAAAGCUUGUUAAAAGAAGAGGAGUUGACUAUAUAUCUCCUUUUCUCUCUGUUUUGUUUUUUUCUUGAUCUAAAGCUUCGUUUUUUCCAUUUCUUGUUUCUGAACCUGAACUGUUUGUUAAAAUGUAUCACUUGAUACAGUUGAGGGAUGGCACAAUCGUAAUAAGUGAUGGUAUUAUAUGGUAUUCCAGGGAUAUAAUUUUAAC